GUAGAGCCAACGCUGGAACGAUGCCGUAUUACACGACGCCCGACAACGAUGAACCCGAUGAGUUCGAAGAGUACAAUCCGAAGCCAUACAAAGGCGGGUUCGACCUCUUUGUAACCUACGGACAACCGUUGGAGCCAUGCAAGGCCACCUGCUACCAUCGUUCAUCCGAAGGAGAUUUUGAUUACGAACGUCCAAAUUUCGGCUCCGGAAGCAUACCAAGUGCUUAUGGUGGUGGACACGGCCAUGGAAGUGGAGGGUAUAAGAAGUCGAGUUACGAUGACGAUGAAGAAGGAUAUAAAAAGUCGAGUUAUAGGAGGUCAAAGGAUGACGAAGACGAUGAUGAUAAGAAGUCAAGAUAUAGAAAAAAGAAAGACAGUAACGAAGAUGAUGACGAUAAGAAGUCGAGAUAUAGGAAAAAGAAAAAUAAUGAUGACGACGAUGAUAACGAUGACAAGAAGUCGAGAAAUCGUAAAAAGAAGAAUGAUUACGAUGACGAAAAUGAUGAUAGGAAGAAUUAUGACCACAAAAAACACGGUAACGAUAGUGACAGUGGUGAUGAUGAAAAGAAGAGUCGUCGAGAGCAAAACCGUCGGCGUCGUGAUUACGACGAUGAUUGA